CUCUACAUGAGCUGAAACCUGUAAGAAGCCAUAAGACGCCUCGAGAAGCUGAUGGUAGAGAGCCAAGGCGGCAAUUUCGGCAUAUUUUCUAUUUGGAUCAAGGGUUCUCGAUAACUAGAAGCACCGCCAUCCUAUGCCGACAGGUCCGCAUGCGAGGCCGCGAACACUUUCGCGUUAUGGUGCUGACUAGUGUGACUCCGCGGGCUCGCAGAAGUUCUCAGCAAUACUGAUAUGACUUUUCGGUGCCAAGUCUUUGCUUCCUAGCAAUCUCUUAUAAUAAGUACUAUACUAGACGUUACUAAGGACCCCCAACUUCUACUAGUCAUGCAACGAUACUACGGUGUCAACUCUGACCUCAGUGCCUACAGUAGUACGCAAAAGCGACGAGUACAAAAAGCGUGCGACCUCUGUCGACGGAAGAAAAUUCGGUGUGAUGGAACCCGACUGCCAGGGAAGCGGCGAUGUUCCCGUUGUACUGCCGCUAACUUGAUGUGCACAUACCUCGAUGCUUCUAAUCAAAUCCUGUCUAAACGUUACGUCGAAGGCCUUGAGAGGAAAGUGGACGAGAUGGAAAAUUUACUGCGCAAAAUGCUACCUCCUGACGCAGACUUGACUGAAGAAUUGGAAAAAGAGCCUGUUGGACUGCCAGACUCUGACGCCGAUGGCUUGAUACCUGACCUCAUGCGAUCUCUUGGUAGGGACAUCACCAACGAGAAAGACCACUCCGUUUCCGAGGAUGAUUAUGACGGCGCACUGGAAUGCAAUCUUUGGCGUCUUCAGGACUUCACUCACGGCAGAUUUUUCGGCAAGUCCAGUCAAGCCCAAUUCAUACAGACAGCACUCGACGUUAAGCACGGACACCCUGCAUAUUUCUCUGACGUAUCGAGACUCACUUCGAGAAGACCCCAGUUCUGGGACCCACUUAUUCAUCAUAUUCCCAGCCGCAUUUCGCAGGUUCAAGUCAACGUGGAGUACAGCUUCCCGGACCACGAUCUAAUGUGGUCAUUGAUUGGACUAUACUUUACGCAAGCCAAUAUCUUCCUUCCUGUUUUGCAUCGACCAACUUUUCAACGGUUGGUCGAAGAGUUAACGCACCUCAGGGACCCACUUUUUGCUACCGUGCUGUUGGCUGUCUGCGCUAUAGCUUCAAGAUACUCAACCGAUCCGCGCGUAUUGAUUGAUAAUGAAUCAUCCUCCAAUGGGUGGAUGUGGAUGCAACAAAUCCUUGGAACUCGCAGGGCAAAUUCAGUCUUGAGCCCGCCACUACUAUACGACUGCCAAUCGACAUGCCUCAUCGCAGAAUUUAUGAUGUGCUCUUCUAUACCUCAAAUAGCCUGGACUAUAGCGGGUAUUGGUCUACGUGUGGCACAAGAGGCAGGAGCUCAUCGAAAGAGAAACCACAAUGGCUCUACGAACGCGGAGGCGGAAUCAUGGAGGAGAGUGUUUUGGUGUCUGUUGUAUAUCGACAGGUACAUCAGUUCAGCUCUCGGUCGUCCAUGUGCCAUUAACGAUGAAGACAUUGAUGCUGACCUACCUGCUGAUUGUGAUGACGAAUAUUGGGAUCAUCCAGAUCCAGAACAAGCUUUCAAGCAGCCCGAUGGCCAACCCUCGGUUAUCUCUUACUUUAAUUGUCACAUGAGACUAAGUAGGCUUCAGAUGAUCUGUUUGCGCACUAUUUACUCCAUGACUAAGUCGAAGAUCGUGUUUGGCUUGGUGCAAAAGAACUGGGAAGAACAGAUUGUCGCGGAGUUGGACUCCGUGCUCAAUAUGUGGAUAGACUCGUUACCAGAUCAUUUGCGAUGGGACCCAAAUCGCGAGAAUCUCGUACACUUCAAACAAUCUGCGGCCUUGUUAGAAGCAUACUAUAAUAUGCAGAUACUAAUUCACAGGCCAUUUAUUACAGUUCCUUGUCACUUAUCAAAGUGGCCAUUCCCUUCCCUUGCUAUAUGCGCCAAUGCUGCGCGUUCAUGUUCUCAUGUCGUGGAUAUCCAGUAUCAGCGUGGUGGCUAUUUUCCAUUUUGUGGUUAUUCAGCAUUCAAUGCUGCAGUUGUCCUAUCGUUCAAUAUUUGGGGAGGACAGCAGUCCAGUGAUUCGAUUGACCUGAAGAAAGAAAUCGAAGAUGUAUAUAAAUGUAUGAGGAUUCUCCGGAGCUUGGAAUCAGGGUGGCCAUUUGCUGGUGUACUAUGGGAUAUUCUUUAUCAAUUGACAACAGUUGGCGAUCCAUCACUGUCCAACCCGGUUCCAAAAAAUAGGCGAGAACAACAUUCCGACUUUCCCUUCGAUCCUAAUGAGUGCGAAAAGUCUGACCUCCAAAGAGAUUCUUAUGCAGCCAAAAACCCUUUUGAUGGAUCGAGCUAUUCCUCUACCAUCGAGCUCACGAAUACAUAUGCACUGUCACACUCCGGACACCCUUCUUCUCAGUGGCAUGCAACGUCUGUUCCCCUGUCGACAAAAGACCGGCAGCAGGGUCCAUCGGCAUCUGUAUCCUCACAGUGGCCUCGAUCUCAGGCUCACUCCCUUACCAUGAGCAGUGAUGAGUGGGGACAAGUGCCUCUUCAUAUCGAAGUCACUUCCUCUCAUCAUGUUCCCGAACACAACCGUCAAAUACAUGAUUAUCAUGAGUCUUCCUCCAGUAGCCCUUCGAGACAAAUGAAUAAUUUUCCAGGGCACACGCCACACUACCGUCGUGAUGGCGACUUAUUUACGACUGAGACACCGCCGGUGGUUCACUUUGGAGGAAGCAGUGAUGACAGAAUUGACAACAGAACGAGAGCAAGGUGGGACGCUAUUUCGAGGACAAUGGAGUUAAGUGACUAGAACGAAUAUCUCAACAAUCUGAACGAAUCUCGUGCCGCGUCACCCUGGUCCACACAAUGGAGGGCUUUUUAACGGUAACGAAUUUAAUGUAGCAACCCAGUAGGAACGUACUUAUUCAGCCUAAUUAAUACAAUACCAAACCCUCCGGUUACUAAUCAUGG